AUGAAGGGCCGCAUAGCAGGGAGCUGGGCUUUGCUGGGCCUAAUCUCCGUCUCUCUUCAUCUCCCAGGCCUCUUUGCCCGAAGCAUCAGUGCAGUGGAGGAGAAAGCCCUCCAAGACUUGGGGACCAACUUGCCUCUGCUUGGACAACCUUCCUUGGUCAGCUCCUCUGACUCUGAACAUCCUCAGCCCAAGCCAAAUGCUGGGUCUAAUGGCUUACCAAAAGGCCCUCUGGAGCCCAACAUGUAUCCAUCUGAUGGCUCCCAGCCUGCAGGAGGUCUUGGGCUGCUGAAUUUGCCUUCAUCUGAGGGGCAGCCUUUUGUGGCCUCCUGGCCUCCUGAGGAUCCUUGGCCAGUGAUGGAUGCUGCAGCUGAGGACUAUUCCAGGGAUAUGCCGCCAGAAGGACUGUCUUACCUUGCCAGUGCUGUUGCCCUCCCUCUGGACAGUGGCACUUUGCCUGAAGGCCCUUCUGCACACUCAGUAAGGGCCUCCCUGCUCCACCAGGACUCUGAGACUAGACGUCUACGCUGUUCUAAUCUCCUAGGAGCCCAGGGACAAAUCCCUGCCAAACGCCCUCCCUGGUCUCUCAUUAACAAGAUCCGCCAUCCACUUCUGCCUGGUCGCCCCUGGGGGAUCCCGAACUCUGGGGUGUCCUGGGGAGAUGGACAUCCUGGAACUGGCUGUGGGACAAGACCUGUGCCACCACCCCAUGCUGGAAGCUGGGGUAUCAAUAAUCAAUACCCAGGUACCAGCUGGGGGAAUAAUAAUCAAUAUCCAGGAGGCACCUGGGGAAAUAUUAAUCAGUAUCCAGGGGCUACCUGGGGGAAUGUUCAUCUAUUCCCAGGUACCAAUAAUAAGUUUCCUCCCAGAAUUCUCCGUCCUUCUGGUUUUUCUUGGAAUGAUCCAGCUGUCUUCCACAGUUCCCAAGACCCUGGGUCACAGUGGGGUUAG